AGAGAGAGAGAGAGAUUAUGGGUUGCCGAAUUCAUGUAGAGAGUCUUCAAUGGUCCACACAGGCACGGCUCGACGAAGGGUGGUCAAGAAAUGCCACCUUCUCCGCACCACCCAAACCUCCUCAAACUUGGCAAGCUUUUGCCGCUCCUUCCCUGCUUAAAUGCGGUGCGAUCCCUCCAUGCUUCUUUUGCGAGUUGAUGAGACCUCUCGCGUUGCUCAAGUCCAGGAAGGGAAGAGAGAAAACGCAAAUGGCUCAAUCAGGGAGGAACAGAUUACAUUUUCUUGACUACUGUCCGGGGAAACACCAUCUUCCGGCCAGCAAUCUGCACCCGCAUAAAGGUGUGUCGUCUCCGCGUGGACAUUGGUCGGCGCCGACGACGCCAACCUUCAGGGAAUUCUACGACCAUGAAGACUACCACCACCACCAUGCGAAGAAGUCGGUGCUGGUGAAGGUGAAGGAGAAGGCAAGGAAGUGGAGGCAGAUGCUUCUGAAGAAGAGACAUGGGCAGGGGAAACACAACCCCACACCACCCUGGGGAGUUAGCUUGGACGCGGGGCUCGAAGAAGAAGACGAACAUCCCCGCCACCAUGGCGCCUCCGUGUCCGAGUCAGAGACGGCACCGUAUGCUCCUGCCGCUGACUCUGCUCCAGCGAAUCAUUCGAGUCCGCAGGUGAAAUCAACAGUUACUCUACUCAGUACGACAGACGAGGAAUCGGAGACGAUGCAGAAGGAUGAAGUGCGUAGUGAGCAACCGGCGUCGGACGACCACCUCGGCGCAGUCAAGGAUCUACCCAUACCAGACACGACUGUAGUGCCUGCUGCCAUCGACAAGGCUCCCAUGAAGGAUGAGUCCAUGGAUCAAAAACCAGCCGGCAACAGCAAUAAGACCCUGAGCGAGACGGUAACGGAGAUGCUCACGCCGGCGUACGCUGCGGUGUCGGAGGCGACCCAAGCAAUAGCCUCCAAGUUCCAGGGAUCGAGUCCAAGGUACGAGAUGGUCGCCAAGCAAGUGUGGGACAAGGGGGUCUCCAUGAAGGAGUAUCUGAUGCAGAAGCUGGAGCCCGGAGAGGAAGACAGAGCUCUGUGCGAAGUCAUUACCGGGGCGGUGAGCCCCAGAAAUGUGAGCCAUGGCUGUGCUGAAGCAGGCGCUGUGAAGACCAGGGAGGAAGCAGUCUCGUCUUUGACGGGAAAGGAGGAAAGCGAGGGGUCACCCAUACCGGUCUCCACGAAUCCUCGUGCAGGAAUGUAAUGGUGUGAGUUCGCCAUGGACACACAGGACAUACUGAAGACGAAGAGACUUAGGGGAUCAAACAGUAGCAGCAUACCAACUCAUACAUCAUGACGAUGUCAAAUUAUUAUUCUCUUUUUGUUCUUAUUUUUUCUUGAGGGUAAGACCACGAAGUCAAUGGAACAUAGUUUGACUUUAGCAGCUCUCCCUUCACUAAGAGAAAUGAGGAGAAGAUUAGAUUGUAUACCAAUAAUCAUACAUCCUUCAGUGUCA